AUGCCAUUUUUUGGAAGUUGUUAUCUUUUUAAUUGCUGGACCAAUAAUCAUUGGAAUCAAAAUCUAAGAUGUAAUGUUGAUGAUAAUUACGUUUCACCGUUUAUGAAUCAUAUAAUCAAUGAUUAUAAAUUUUGGAAUAAGAGUAGUGGUAGAAAUCAUUUUUUGAUUCAUCCAAUGGAUCAUCAAGAUGAUUAUUACGAAAGAAAAUAUUUAUUUCAGUCGGCAAUUUAUUUAACGACAAUUGGUGAUAAAAGAAGCGUAAAGUCGUCAGAGUUUAGAAGAAAUAGGAAUGUUGUUAUACCAAGUGCAACUGCUAUAUUAAAUUCCUUUAAAAUCAAUCCGUUGGACUUUAUUAAUGAAGACGGUAAUCCCAAUAAUCGUAAUACACUUGUUAUAUUUCGUGGAUGUUGUUCAAAUGUUAAACCAAAUGAUUAUUAUUCAGAAGGUGUGAGACAUUUGAUCUUUAAUGGAUUAAACAAUUUAUCGGGUUGGGAUAUUGGUGAAGGAGUUAAUAACGAUGAGUACGCAAAACAACUGGCAGGUUCUAAAUAUGGUUUGGCGCCAUCAGGAUGGACGUUAGAUACAACAAGGAUAUGGGAAUACCUUGCUUUUGGUGUUGUGCCUAUUGUGAUCGCUGAUGGUAUUAUUGAGCCAUUUGAAGAUGAUGUGGAUUGGGAUGAAUUUAUUGUACGUGUAAGAAGAAAAGAUGCGCAUAGACUUAAUGAAAUAAUAACUAACAUACCUGAUUCAGAAUAUAAACGGAAACAAGAAAUUGUAUGGAAAAUUGGUAAAACUUUAACGUUAGGACCAUUUACAUGGCAUUAUAUAGCCAGAAGUCUAUGUAGAAUUUGGUUGAACAGCGUUCGAUGUUUUUCUAGAUCUACCAGCACGUCAUUGGUUGUUCCUCCAGUAUCAGGUUUCCUAGUAGUUUGA